AUGGUUGGUAAUAACCCUCACGCGGAGCAGCGCGCGAAGAAGCGCGCAAGAAAGGAAGAGCUGGCCGCUCAGCACGAGGCUGCCGAGGACAGCGACGGCGCCGCCGCUUCAUCUUCCCAGGCAAUUCAGGACCAGCUGGUUCCUGCAAUGCAGGAACUUGAUAUCAAUGCGGUUCUCGAGAAUAGCAGCCUGGCAGCCAAGGUCAACGAGCAAGAAUUCACUAUGCAGAACCAAGCUGCCACCCUCAACGACCAGGCUGUAGCCAUCAGGAAGCAGGUCAACGUCCUGCGUCGCUUCGAGAAGAAGUUCGAAUCCGUCGACGAGGACAUCAGGACCGCGGUUCAAACCGCCAACGUUGUCCAAGACCAGAUCGGCCGGUACGUGGGACCGGUCGAAAAGCACGGCCACCGCCUCGAUUUUAUCGAGGCCAAACAACAGGGCAGCGGCAACAUGAUGCUCACUUGCCUGCACAGGAUGGGCGAGUUUACCAACCAACUGAACACAUUGGCCGCGACCAAUGCAGAGUUGGCGACCACCCAGCAAGGGUUGGCGACCACCCAGCAAAAGUUGGCGACCACCGAGCAAGAGUUGGCGACCACCCAGCAAGAGUUGGCGGCGACUAAUUUCGAGUUGGUGGAGACCAACGCAGAGUUGGCGGCGACCAAGAGAGAGCUGGCUGCCACCCAGGCGGAGGCAAUGGUCUUAAACCAGCGCAUCAAUGCGCUCCAGGCUGUUGCUCAAUGCUGGGCUGUUCGCGUGAUUGCUCUUGAGGAGGCAAACAUUGUUGAAGAGAUAUCAGAGGCAGCAUUGGCUGGAUUGAGGCUAGUGAGGGCAGCGGGCAUGGAACAUCGGUUUCUGUCCCAUGCAUCUCGACUCCUCCACUCUCCCACAACAGCAAUAACGACAAUGACCCAAACUCUGACUUUUUCCGAGCUCGACGGCGGUCCGCCGCCCCCCUGCGGUGACUCCGUAUGGUCCAUUAUCCAGCACGGCAUCGACUUUGAUCCCGAGAGGGCUGCCGUCGUAUCCCUUUGGCAGCCCGCCAGCCACCUUGAAGCCCUCGUCGGCAAGCCAUCAUGCCCCGCCAAAUCCACGGUCGACCCCAAGCACCAAGACUCCAUGCUGAUCUGGUCGUACGACCAGAUGCAGCGAGGAACCGCUCGUCUUGGAGCCAUUCUUGAAAGAUACAACGUGCCGGCCGAUUCGACCAUUCUCACUUUCAUUCCCCACGGCGCUGAAUGGUCGCUCAUCAUGUGGGCUGCGGCACUAAAGUGUCAUACCCUCGUCAGUCGGACGAUCCAGUUACUUCACUCCAGCUUGCCAGACGACCAGACGCUGAAGGAGUAUUACUUCCGUCGUCUGAGGCCCGCAGUCGUGGUCGUUGAAGACGAGGAGUCCGCCGAGAUUGUUGAUAAACUUCGGCAGGUGUCUGACUCUGGCGGCGGCAGCUUCUUCUUGGGCAUCUGCCUCUCCCCUCUCAGCACCGCACGCCGCGCAUCCGGUGGUAACUGGAUCUCCUUCGCCUCUGACAUCGCCUCCCCCCAGCCGCCUUUCACCGAACAAGAGAGCAGCAUCUCGACUCAACAGGUCCGCGAUCGGCCCGAUCGCAUCUCCAACAUCUUCUUCACCAGCGGCACCUCGGCCUCACUGCCUAAAGGCGUGCCGCGAACGACUAGAAACGUGUGCGCGGCCGUCGCUUCGCGCACCGCCUUCCAUUCUCCCCGCUCCUCUGAGACUUCGCGGCCCAAAAGCGUAGGCCUAAUCUUCGCCACCAACAUGAUGGUUCUCUCCAUGACCGCCCCCCUAAUCCAAUGGCACAUCGGCGGCACCGUGGUCAUCCCUUCCCGUGUAUUUUCCGUGUCUGCGAACCUGGAAGCCAUCGAGCGGUGCGGUGUCACAUAUCUGCAGCUGAUGCGCAGCCAGUUGGUGCUGCUGGCUAAACACAGGGACUUUGCUCCGCAAAAAAUCCGGUCGGUUAAGGGUGUGUUCGUUAGUGGCGAGAUCAUCACGGUUGGGUAUCUGGAACGGUUGCGGGAGAUGCUAGGUGUUGGUGCGGAGGUACUAUUUGUGGCUGGAUUCGGUAUGACUGAGGGCGUGGGCGCGCUGGAUUACCCUCCUACUGCCCUGAAGGAGGGGAUGCCGAAGCCGCUGGGGAAUGUGAUGCCUGCGGGAACGGCGACACCGGGGACGAGGAUCAAGGUUGUUGAUGUUGAGAAGGUCCAGUCGGGGACGAUGCCGCCGCAGACCGAGCAGACAGAAAAGGAGUGGGAGGUGGUGCCACGGGGUAAGCAAGGUGAACUGCACAUCUCGAGCGAGGCGUUUAUCGAUGGGUAUCUCGAUGGGUUUGCGCCGCAGAUGUUUUACCGCGAUAGGGAGGGCACGAAGUGGUUCCGCACAGGCGACUUGGCGGUGAUUGAUGAGAGCGGAAUGGUGUUUGUUGUGGGCAGGGUGAAGGAUAUGGUGAAGAGCUCUGUCGGGUUCUUCAAUCCUACGGCUAUUGAGGAGUUCUUGGCCAAAUAUUUGUCGGUCGAGGUCUGCGUGAUCGGUAUCCCGUCGCCUAUGCACGGCGAGAUGCCCUAUGUCAUUCUUGACCGUUUACCCGAGAAUGUGACGGCGACAGACAUCAACGAGAUGUUUCUUCAGAUGGUUGGGUCAGGAUUCUCGCUCGGGGAGGUUUUCACACUGGAAGAGCUGGGGAUGAAGACAUGGCCGCUUACCAUCACGGGCAAGGUGCAGAGAUAUCAGUUGCAGAAAAUUGCUGUGGCGUAUUUGAAGACGAAAGACACCAGCGGCUAUGCUAUGGAGGGUUGA